AUGAACACCGGAAGUCCUGGCCAGUCGCCUGCGCCCCCGAGCCCUCACGGUCAUGUGUCGAACUCACCGUCCCUCGCCUCCAACCACUCCGCUGUUGAAGGCACCACGGUUUACGACCCCGAUGCCCCCAAGUACUUCUUCCAGGAGAAAUACGCUCCACUCAACGUCAAGGGUAACUUUUUGACCUUGUGUGCUUGUCCCAAGAAUGUGGAAUUGGGAGAAUGGCUGGCCCAUCAGAUUGUCGAACAAAACCGUCUACUUCAAGCCAUGCUUAAGGUCAUUCAAGAAGUGAAUAGUCAUACCGGACUCCCUAUUUGCAACGAGACCAGCUGCCCCACCAUGUCUGCCGGCCGUUUAACCUACACGUGGCUCGUGGACUCACAGGCUGCUAAAAUAUCGGCUCCUAAGUUCAUCAACCGCGUCGAGAAAUGGAUUGUCAGCAAGAUCCAUGACCCAGUGAUGUUUCCCACAGAGAAGGUCACUGGAGUUCCCCAAACCUUUGCGCUUAAUGAAACUACGGGUGCUCCCGCCUCUGAUGCCGCCGCCAAUGCUGCUGGUGAAGAUUGGAUUGGCAAGUCAAGCGGCUUUCCGCGAACUUUCUACAAGGAUUGCCAGGGCAUUAUGAAACAAAUGUUCCGCUGUUAUGCGCAUCUGUACCAUGCCCACUGGCUGAACCCAUUCUGGCACAUCAACAAACAUGAUAUUCUUAACAUGUGCUUUGUUCAUUUCGUCACUGUCGCGAAAUACUACAAGCUUGUUUCCGACAAGGAAAUGGAGCCGAUGCAGCCUCUGAUAGAUCUCUUCAUCAAGCAACAGCGUAUUCCUCCUGAGGCGCUUGCCGGUGGUCAUUGGGCUCAGCAGAGCUCUAGCUAA